AUGGCGACGAUGCGAGGAACGCGUGUGCCAGUCGGCUCCGCGUCAUGGGUCAACGAAGAAAGGACGACAGCCUUGAGCAUCGUCCAGGCCGAGGCCGAGGAGUUUUCGUUCGCUGCAAAGAACGAGUUCGACUGGCUCAACGAGCACAUGGCCGGGAUUUUUAACGAGAACGAGAUGCAUACUCCCGGAAAGUUUCGCAGCAAGACGCCGCGGACGACGCGUAAGGUCGAAAGCGGCGAGCCCCGUGUUCCGCUUUCAGAUGUGUUCUCUUCAACGCCCAAUGGCGCCCCGAAUGCCUUCACCCAACAACUUGCUCGCACUACUCCUAAGGUCAAUCCUGCACAGUCGACAUCGUCUCCCAUGAUCAAUAGGAACAUUUCGCCGCACAAAGCCGCUCCCUCACCGAGACCGGUUUCGAAACCGCCCAUUGCCCUAGCCGAUUCUGGAUACUACGGCAGCCAGGACGUCGACAACGUGAACGACGACAACGAUGACGAAAUGGACGUUGACCUCAUCGAGGAGGAGACACAGCUUGGAGAGCCACGAUCCAGCCCCCCUAAGACAGGACGUGUGGGACACGUUGCAUUCGACACUGCAGCCGAGCAAAGCGCGCUCCAAAGCCCGACCGUGACGAGGACUAUAAGAUCACCUGAAGUCACAUUUCAGACUGCCAAGGAAGACCAGACCACAAGAAUGAUGAGAGACAUAACCGAAGAGGCACCGUCCCCCGUCUCGGAAUCCUCAUCAGCACCUCAAAGCUCGCCCAAGCGUGCUCAGAUCCCUUCGUCCCCUGUGGCUUCUCCUAAACCUCGCUCCGCGAAGGCCGCAUCGCCCGUGAAGACCUCGCUGCCUAUCAAGCGCUCUCCGGCCAAGGUUCCGUCUCCACCUUCGCCCUCGCCCAUGGGCUCACCAUCUCCCGCGCCCGAACCCACACCCGCUGCUGAUUCGCAGGAUGAAGUGGAUGUCCACAUGGAUGAUGAUACGAGAUCUCCAUCCGACGAGUCGAGUCCGAUUAGACCGGUUAGGAAGAGCAGUCUCAACUUUGCUUCGCUUCCUGCCAGAGAGCCUCUGAGGAACAAAAGCAUUGGGGCACGUGUUUCUAGAACCAGUCACCUGGACACCAAUCGCCAAAGUCACUACAGCAGACAAACUGGUGGCAAGAGCCUAGGAAACAAUUUGGAUCUACUUGGAGCAUCAGAUGACGAGGAAGGCAACGAAGACGAAAUGAAAAUCGACGAUUCGACCGAGGCGACAAACGGGACCGACAGCUACGCCUCCAAGCACAAUAAGACGUAUACUCAACGACUCCAGGACCAGAUCAAUCUACUUGGCAAGUCUCAGCCAAACGCCAGCAGGCCUUCGAAGUCAAUUCCAAGCUCCGCGAUUGCUCAUCAAACUUCCCACACCAGCGCACACCAACCCGCAACAGAGGCCAAGGCAGCGUCGCCGGUAAAGAAGUCGGCCGCGCCUCCAACCCCUGGGGCAUUUCCCGAAGAUGAGGAAGACGAGGGUGAGGAAGAGGAAGAGGAAGAAGACGACUGGAUCGCACCACCGGUCCCUGCAAAGGACACGCCCAAGUCCAGCCCACGACCGCAAUUGCCCAAGAGCCACACCGCAGACGUCAUGGAAGGCAUCGAGGGGGCCGACACAGUCAGUGGCUCAGAGUUUGCUUUGCCUAAGCAGCGGCAAUCACCUGGCCGGUCGAGCUCACCCAACCGUGCCCCUAUCAUUCCUGAGCGUACUACCAGCGUCUUCAGCCAUGGCAAAUCCGCCUCCGUUUCCGUCUUGCCAGACAUGUCGAAGGACAAAAUGGCCGAAGACCUGUCUCCCGCCAAGAAACACGUCUCUGUUUCAAACCCGUUGUUUGUGGUGCCAGAAAACGGACGGCCAGAGACCCCUCAAUCGCCUACGCGAAGCUUCCGGGACAGCCCGCUGAAGCAAGUCAAGAACAAGUUGUCUUCUAUUCUGAAAAGCUCGAAGGGUCUUCUCGCGAGCAGCGCAGCAGUAAGCGCUGAGGGCAAGUCAUCGCUCAUGUCACCAUCCACUGCUCGAUUUGGCCUUCAUUCCGGCCCGUCCACGGACUCGAUCGCACCGCCCCAGUCAGCUCCAGCAGAGCCGCUGUACCCUGAUCUUUCCAAGCGCAUCGCAGCCGAUGUGCAAACACUUUCUAGUGUGGGAAGCCCUGAGAAACCUGUCGCUCGCCGCACAAGGGCUUCUGUUGAGAAGGAGAAGGAGGACAAGCGUAAAGAGAAGGAAGCCAAACUGAUGGCCGACCAGAUGAGCAAGCUGGACAAGGCUCGCGCCGAGGAACGCGAGAAAGCUCGGACUUUCAGCAAAGAACAAGAAAAGAUUGCCGCUAUGGAGAAGAAGAUCGCGGCACAGAGGGAGACAGAAUCCGAAAAGGAGGAGGAGAAGGAGGUAGAGAGACCUGCUCGAACGCCGGCACCAAAGGAGGUGCCCAGGCCCAUCAGGACUAGCCCCCGCAAAGCCAAGAACCAGGCCGAGGCCGAGGCUUCGCAGCCAGGGAAGCUGGACGUGGAAAUGACGGAAGCACCGACACCGCUGCCGCCGCCGUCUGCCCCUCGCUCGGUCGGCCCGAGCCAGACGGCAAGACCCAGGGAACUUCGCCGCCCGAUGAAGCCAACGAAGGAAGCACCCAGCAAGGUCAAGCAAGCGCCUACUGUUAUUCGCGUUAACACCGGCUCGCAACACUCGCAGUACCACCCUUCGACGAGCACUUUGUCCUCUGGUCUUCAAGAUACACUCGGCUCGUCGGUCAAGGCCAAGGCCAGCCAGCCAGGCUCGCACAGUAAGCAAUCCCUGGCAAGCUUGAAGAGCUCCGUUUCUUCCAACGGACGGCCCAAGGCGCUUGAACUCGCCGCCAAGCGAAAGGAACAAGAGGAGCGGGAGGCGCAAAGAAAGAAAGAUGCCAAGCUCGAACUUGAACGCAAGCGCGCCGCCAUCCAGGAGGAAGAGCGCAAGCAGGAAUUGCAGAGGCGGCAGGAAGCAGAGAGGCAGAGGGAGAGGGAGCGAGAGCAAGCCGAGGCGAAGAAGAAUGCACAGAGACAAGCCGCCAUUGAGCGUGCCAAACAGACUCGAGCACCACCGCCGGCUGUGCGGUCUCAGCCGAACGGUCCUCCCGACUACACUGCGAGCCAACGCAGUGAUGGCCAACCUCCUCGGCCACCUUCACGCCUGACUUCUACUGCCCAUCGGUCUCAGGAGGAUCGACCGGUCAACGCUGUUCUUUCGAAUGCUUCCAAGCCUGGCUCCAAGAGGCCUCUCCCGCAAGAGGGUAGAGAAGAAAGGAGCUCGCGCAAUCCUGCUCCUCGCAACGGGCCGUCCUACCAGUCCAAGGAGGCCAAGCGUCGCCGCACGAGCGACGAUUUUGCCGAUGAGCUUGAUAUGGACAUCCAGCCCCCCAACAUCAAGGGGCCUCCUGUUCGCCCGCCAUCGGUCGGCUACAAGAAGCAGGAGAUGCCUACCAAGUCGAUGUUUGGCUACAACAACGCACCGCCGAGCGCAUCUAGGGACUUGUUCAAGUCUACUGUCACGGCUCAGCACCACAGCACGAUCAAGUCGGUCAAGCAAGUGGACAUGAACCAGUUCGCCCAAGGACAAAUUCCCUUUGCUCCCAACCCCAACCCCGCUGGCCCGGCCCACAAGACACCGGCACGGCCGAUGGGUGCUACAAGCACAAAGUCGGCAGCCAAGGCCACGAGGUCGUCACCGCGUUUCCAGGACGGCGAGAAGAUCGAGCUGCCUGAAAUCGAUACGGACGAAGAUGAAGACGAGGGAGACUCGCACUUUGGCGUGGCGCCUUGGGCCGACUCUCCUGACUUGAGGCGUGCCCUCAUGCGGCAGGAGACCAUGAACCCCGAGGGUAUCUUUGGGCCCCCGCGCGCCCUCAACAUGGAGGAAGUAUUCAGCAACAAGGAGAGGUGGCACAAGUUCCGCGCGCGGACUUCAAGCGCCAACUGGAGUGGAUCCGAUCGUCUGACGGAAGACGAAAUCAGAAAGGAUCUUGCAGCUCGCGACAAGUUGCGUAGAGAAGGCGGCUGGUCCUACGAGAUGAGCAAGGACUUGAUUUGA